UUUAUUUCAUUUUGAAUAACUUUAUUACUUAAUUGUCAUUGUGCAAUAAAUGUACUGUUUUGCUCCAAUAACAGGACAAGAAGUCAACAUUACAUUACAAUCUGGCAUCUCUGCAGUUAUGACUUGAAAGAGCAUUACUGAUAAAAGACCACAAGGGGGUGCAUGCAGAACAUGAGUCAGCUCUACUCAGGUUGCAGGUUACAGCACUGCCAAUAUGGCCUGACCAUAUACCAUAUAUUGACAUACCUGUCCACAUACUUUUGUGAAUUUUUUGUUGUGGGGCUGUUUUUCAAGGUUUGCUAAGUGAUGAUAUUUAACACAAUGUUCUGCCAACUUUGUGGCAACAGUUUGUUGAAAGCCUUUACUGUUUCCACAAGAGGUGCACAAACCAAGGUCCAUAAAGAAAUAGUUUUCCCAGUUUGGUGAGGAGGAACUUUUUGUGUAUGUGAUGUUCCUGAAAAACUAUCUAAACUUGUCAUUAAAUGAAUUUCACAGUUUUCUCUGGGUUUGACAAAGGGGGGGUCAGACCUCUGUGUUAAUGAUCAGCUGCAGUCAGUUCAGAGCCCUGGGUGUGGCAACAAAGUGGCGCAUCUUGUCUCCAAGGUGCUCGUGUCAUUCCUGGGCGACACAUCAUCACAAAACUGCCCGGCGGUAAACUAACCCAUUCAUACAGAGACAGUGAGUGAGUGUCACUGCAGCCUGCGAGAGAGACAGUGACACCGGGAGCAUGUCCACUGGGAAGAUAGCCGCCUGUGUUGGCCUGGGCGUGGGCGCAGUGCUUAUCAUACAAGGUGGAGACCCGCUGGACUCAGCAGGCAACGGGUCCCCGAUAUGGAGAGACACGGGGCUGCUCGGUGCUCCGGCGCGGGCUGUGGUCUGUAUCAUUGCCGGAGUUUCCCUCCUCGCCAUGGGCUGGCUCUACAGGCUGCUCUUCUGUCCCCUGGAACGGUCCAAGGCGCUCGAGGAUGUGGGGUACAUCGCAGAGGACGGUCGCUCCAGAGCCCAGGCCGCAAACGAGGUCCGCCGCAGGAGGAAGACCGGAGAGCUGCCUCCAGUUUAUCCGAACGGCUGGUACCGAGUGCUGGACUCACACCUGCUGGAGAGAGGCGAGGUCAAAAAUGUCUCAGUUCUAGGUGAGCAGGUGGCAGUGUUUCGAGGCCAGGAUGGGAAGGCCUAUGUGGUGGAUGCCUACUGCCCUCACCUGGGUGCCAACCUGGCUGUUGGGGGACGGGUGGUGGGAAGCUGCAUAGAGUGCCCGUUUCACGGAUGGCAGUUUCGUGGGGACGAUGGCAAAUGUGUGAGGAUCCCCUACGCAGAAAAAGUGCCAGAGUUUGCCAGGGUGCGCUGCUGGCCCAGCUGCGAGGUCAACGGCCAGGUCCUGGUGUGGUUUCACUGUGAUGGAGAAGAUCCUCAGUGGAAGGUGCCAGAGCAGCAGGAGAUCACAAAGGGAGAGUGGGUCUACCGGGGGAGAACUGAACAUUUUGUCAACGCUCACAUACAGGAGAUUCCUGAAAAUGCAGCAGACAUCGCUCACCUCAAUCACCUGCACACGCCGGGCAUCGUCAGCGGCGUAGAUCUGCGCUACACCAACAGCAAAAUCUGGGAAUUUGUGCGACAUGACUGGAAGGUUCAAUGGGAACCAGAGGCAGAGCCCAACAAGCAUUGUUCUCAGAUGCUGGUGAAACACUCUCUGACUGUGUUCGGACACCACUGGUCUCUGCUGGAUGUUCACGUUGUGGCCAGACAGGUGGGUCCAGGCGUGGUGUUUCUGCUGUUUGACCACAGUUUCCUGGGCCGUGGUGUAAUCAUGCACUGUGUGACUCCAGUGGAGCCUCUGCUGCAGUGCGUCUCACACACCAUCUUCUAUCAGUCUAACAUCCCGCCUCCGGUGCCCAAGUUCAUCCUCAGUGCAGAGUGUGUUCAGUUUGAGCGGGAUGUAAUGAUCUGGAACAAUAAGAAGUACAUCUCCAAGCCACUUCUCGUGAAGGAAGACUCAGCCAUCCAGAAGCACAGGCGGUGGUUCAGUCAGUUCUACAGCGAGAACAGCCCGCGGCUGCGAUACCAGCACGACACUUUAGACUUUUGACCUCUCUGGACCACAGGAGGAGAGAUCAGCGGAGAAGACGUCAGGCCAGGGUUGACAUUAAUCAGACGUCUCGGAGGUGGGAGUCCAAGAUCUAUUUUUAUCUGUCACGUAUAAUAAAUUAGAGGAGGGAAGGAGGUCUGACCUGUUUGUGGGAUGAGGUUGGCCUUAUUUUUUAAGACCCAAAUUUACUUUAUACCUGAAAACCUCCUUUUCUUUGGAUGCAAUAACAAGAACACCAGAAUUGCCUUUUUGUGAUGCUGAAAAAAAGAUUGUCAAAACUAUUUUACUCUGCAAAAUGUGGAUAAUUACAUACACACAUAUAUGUGUAUAUAUAUAUAUAUAUAUAUAUAUAUAUAUAUAUAUAUAUAUAUAUAUAUAUAUAUGUGUGUGUGUAUAUCAGUUACAGACUUUAGAUUGCUUUAGUGACUGUUUCAGCUGGUGUGUGAGGGUUUUUUCCUGAUUGGAGUUAAUAUAAACCACAUGCUUCUGGUUUGAGUUGGUAUCAAUUUUCUGAUUCUGCAUUAGAAAUGUUUGAUCUCCCAAACUGCAAGAUUAGAUAUUGAAUGUGUAAUCAAACCAGGCUCUCCCUAAACCACAGGUAUAAUGGCAGGUGUGUUUGUUUUCUGAUUGAAAUCUCAGGUUACAGCCAGCCGAUGUAGCGGUGAGUGAUGACAACUUAAAGGACCACUUCACCAAUUUUUCUUACCUGUGUUUCUCUCUGUAGAGAGAAAAAAAAACUUUGAUUAAGAAAUAAUCCAGUGGUAUUUCGUGCUGCUGCAGUUUAGUAUCAACAUUUUGGGAAAUACACUUCUUUGCUUACUUUCCAAGACAAAGAUGAUAAGAUUGAUAUCAGUCGUGUCUGUGUGUUAAAUACAGAGUUGAGGCAAGGAGAUGAUUAAAUUAGUUGAGCAAAGAGACCGGAAAUAUCAAGCCUGGCUUACAUCUACCAGCACUUCCAAAGCUCACUUAUUAACACUUUGCACCUCAUCUGUUUUAACCCAUGCACAAACAUUAAUGUAUAAACUUUAAAUUUCAGAUUUUAGAGGGAAUUAGGUGGAGUUUAUAAUACUGCACCUGUAAAACCUGCGCUCAGGAUCCGUAUCUGGGAACUCGCUGUAGCCAUAAAUGUCACUGCUCUGUCUUAAUUCACAACAUCCCACUACUCCCAAACUAACCCACAAUCCUUUUUUAAUUUUGUGAUUUCUAUUCAAAUGAUGUAAAGGAGAUGGAGGAGGGGGAUGUAAAACUACACUGAAAUGGUUUUUGGUUCCUAAAACCACAAACGUAUCGUCUUAUGGAUCAACACUUCAAAUAAAACACAGGAAAAGUGUAAAAUACUGGCCUUUUAACAAGCCUAACUAUAUGUACAGUGGUGUGUCUGUUAGAUAAUGUUGCACAUAUGGCAACAAAUUAUGACGCGGUCCUUUUUAAGUGUAAUUAUGACGGAUGAUGAUUGGUAUGUGAAAAGUACACCUUGUAGAUAUACAGUUAUAUUCUUACUUUUUUUACCUGCAGAUUCAUGUCAGUAUGCAAAGAGUUUCUUUUUUAGGAUUAGGCCUACAUGAUUGAUUUAUUCUAUUUUCCACCUAGGUGGAAAUUUGUCUUCGGCUUCUCCCAAAGGAGGUAUGAUAAAAAUAAAAAUAAAAAAUACAUACAAUCCACAUAACAAGCCACGCCAUUAAAAACAUACAACAUGUACAACGUACGAUAGAGGAAAUGAGCAGGUAGCAACAGAUAGGUAAAAUAAAUAAAUACCACAGAGCAAAUCUUAUAAGAUAAGAAAUGAGUAACAAGUGUUCCAUGCAAGCUGCAGUCAUUUUGUGUUCAACGCCUGUACACCAUAGGGAAUAAAAAGACUUCUUGUGUUUGUUCCGGCUGGCCCUUGGGGCCCUAAAUCGACGGCCGGACGGAAGCACUUCAGACUCUGAGUGCAGUGGGUGUGAGGUAUCGACCACUAUGUGUUUAGCCGUCCUGUGAACAGCACUGUCAAAUACAUUGCAAAGUUGUUUUUGUGACUUGCCAAUCACCUUCUCUGCAACGUUAACAGUCUUAGAGAGCAUGUGUUUGCUCUUUACACUCAGGUAGCCAUACCAAGCUGUUCUGUUAAAUGAUGGGAUUCAUUUCAAGAAUGUGUUGGCUAACACCAAUACCCCUCAGCCUCCUGUGAACAGUCGUCGGUUAGCUUUCUUAAAAAUGCUCUCUGCAUUCUCAUUAAAAGUCAUUGUCUCAUCAA